AUGGCCAGAGAGAGGACUCACGAGUUCUUCUCGACGGUCAAGUCCAUUGAAGGCAAACCUCAGUAUAUGAACAAUGAGUUGCGGUCCCGAAGAACUCACAACAAGUGGUCCAACGGAUCCGUUGCUAAUUCACUACAAUCUUCGCCUCAUUACAAGACUUACGUGCAGUUCAUGAGAGGCUCGCGAUCUGUGGCCAGAGAUCUGUUCGCGACAUAUCAGAAGUUGGAGAAAAUCAAUAUCUUGGCCCAGAAGAAGACGAUCUUCGACGGCGAGGAGGCCUCUCGAGAGUUGAAUGAAUUGGUGUAUAUCGUGAAACAGGACAUCACUUCACUGAACCAACAGAUCGAGUCUUUACGUCAGCAACAGUUACAACAACUGCAUCAACAGAAUAGCGCCAACAUUGAGAACCACUCGAAGAAUGUGGUGCUCACUCUUCAGCACCACGCCAACAUUGAGAACCACUCGAAGAAUGUGGUGCUCACUCUUCAGCACCAGUUGGCCUCCAUUAGCAAUAACUUUAAGAACACUCUUCAGCUUAGGACUCAAAAUAUGGCUCAACAGAAGCUCAGGAGAGAACAGUUCACGACAUCGGCGGUAAUGCCAUCGCACGCCAACUCAACAGUCAUUGAUUUGAGCGACGAUUUGGUGGGUAAUCGGGAAGACGACGAACGAAGACAACAGAAACAACUGCUUAUAUACGAAGACCAGAGCAACGACUACUUGGAGGAGAGAGCGUCGACCAUGCAGUCGAUUGAGUCGACAAUUGUCGAGUUGGGAACAAUCUUCACGCAAUUGGCGACAAUGGUUCAGCAACAGGAAGAGAUGAUCACCAGAAUCGACGCCAAUGUGAACGACGUGUCCCUCAACGUGGAGGCCGCCCACCAGUCACUGCUUCAGUACUUCUCGUCCGUCACUAACAAUCGAUGGCUUAUAUUAAAAGUGUUCGCAAUUCUCUUCGUAUUCUUCCUAUUAUUUGUCGUUUUAUUGUCUUAA